AUGGCUGACGUCCCUCAUAAUGAGGAUAAGCGCCUACUAGAACGGCUUAAUUCCCUCAAGCCGUCUACAGUCCAACUUGAUCGUCAAAGAAAUGUGGUUUUAAACACUCCAUCAUCACUAGACCCAUUUGAAGGACUUGAAAAUUCUGGUUCUUUAUUUCCUGCAGCGCCAUCUAGGUCGAAACUAGAUGGGUUGUCGACAGGGUCGUUGUUUGCGGAGGAUGAUAUCAUAUCGCCUGAAUCGUUGAUGGGUGGAGAUGCGAUUGAGGAUUUACUUGCGAGUCUGAGUAAUAACAAUACUCGAAUAUCAGAAACUGCGGCAACGCAGAUUGGAGACAAAACAGGAAAUGACGAGAGUCAGACACGAGAACUUCUCAGUGAUGCGUAUGGAUUCAUUCAGCAGGCUUCUGGCACGGAGCCCGAUCCAAGCAUCAACUCACCAUCUCAUGUGAAUUUCAAAAAGGGGAAAGAAGACGAUAUACCCGACUUUCUGAAGGACAUCGACAGCAGCAAUGAAGAAGACGACGAAUCCGACGAAGAAAAAGAAGAAGCCGAAGCCGCAAAAUAUGUGGAAAAUCUCUUGAAAGAGAUUGCAGAGAACCCUCCUCCUGCAUCACCGAUAGAAGACAGCAGCACCCCUUCUCCCAAAGAAAACGUUGAUGGCGAUGAAGAUGAUCUAUCAUCACGCCUAGCCGCACUCUCCCUCCCAUCAGCACCAAACACCCAACCUGGUAAUCGACCUAAACGAAAUGACGAUGAAACCCCAAGUUGCUGUUGCAUAUGCUAUGAUACUGCCAAGUUGAAAUGCAUGGAUUGCGAAGGGGAUCAAUUGUUUUGUGUCCGGUGUUGGUGGGAGAUGCAUCUGGAUGAUGAAGGGGACUCGGGGCAUAAGGCUGUGAAAUUCGAGGACGGCUCGUAG